AUGGCUACCCCUAGUGUCCUCACUUUUGACGCUGAGGGUCGAGCCAUUGACUUUGAGGUCUGGGUCGACGACCUACAGUUGUUUUUACAGUGCGAUAGGGCGGACGGUCUUUCUCUCUUUGACCUCACCUCUGGCGCCUGCCCUGCUCCUGCUGCUGAUGCUGACCCCACUGUUCGCUCUCAGUGGGCCACCCGCGAUGCUGCUGCACGUCUUGGUGUGCAUCGCCACCUGCCUACCACUGAGCGCGCGCACUUUAGUCAGUACAAGAGUGCUCAGACCUUGUACGACGCCGUAGUUGCGCGCUACUCUUCCCCUGCCACCGCUGCACUGAGCCGCCUCAUGCUACCGUACCUCUUUCCUGACCUUGCUGCCUUUCCUACAGUCGCUGACCUCAUCACGCACCUCUGCACUUCUGACACUCGCUACCGCGCUGCACUUCCUGCUGACGUAGUCAGGGACCACUUCCUCUCAGUCUGUCCCACCACCCUCACUGUUGACCUCCUCGAGAAGGCCCUCCUAGCGGCGGAGAAGAGCAUAGUCGCUGUAGGAGCCUCUCGUGGUGACCUGCGCACCCCCAUCUUUAAGGGGUGUUCUCCUUCCCCCCUGCUGCCCUCUGUUGCCUCUGCUGCUGCUGCCGACCUACUUGGUCUUGAGUCGGUCGGCGCGGCGUCUGCCCCUAGCGGGAGACGCCGCCCUAGCAAGGGCAAGGGGGGCAAGGGCGCGUGUGGAGCUGGCGGGGGCGGUGGAGGUGGCGGUGGCGGUGGCGGAGGGAGUGGGGGUGGUGGUGGGAGUGGUGGUGGGGGUGGUGGUGGUGGUGGCGGCAUCGGAGGCGGCGGCGGUGGCGGCGGCGGCGGUGGUAGCGGAGGCGGCGGUGGUGGCGGAGGUGGAGGCAGCGGUGGCGGAGGAGGUGGAGCCGGUCGGGGUAGUGCCCCGCAGCGGAGCGGCUCUGGUGGUGGUCAGCGCCAGCAGCAGCAGAAGCAGCAGCGUUCUCGGGACAUCCCCCUGCCUCAGCAGCUCCGUGAGUGGUACACGCAGCGUCAGCGUGGUGGGGGUCUUGGCCCGUGCACCUACGUUCUUCGUUCCGGCGAUCACGCGGGUACUGGUGAGGCUGCGCUCUUAGGUACUGCGUCGGCUUUGGCCUCUCUCACCUUCACACUCGACUCAGGGGCUUCUCGCUCCUUCUUUCGAGACCGCACCACACUCACGCCGCUUGGUCGGCCGGUUGCAGUCUCCCUGGAAGACCCCUCUAGGGGUCCUGUCCUCGCUCACUUCUCCACUGUCCUCCCGUGUCCGGCUGCCCCCUCGGGCACCCUGUCGGGUCUGUACCUCCCCUCGUUCUCGACGAACUUGGUGAGUGGUGCUGACCUGCAGGAUGCGGGGGUUCACCAGUUUACUCCUGCGAGUCAGCGCGGGACCCACUGCUUGGACGCCCGCACAAGCCGACACCUAGCCACGUUUUCGCGUCGGCCCGGGUCGAGUCUCUACACCCUGACCGUUGAGUCUCCUCCAGUCCCUGCGUCUGGUCAGGUAGCUGCGUCAGGUCAGGUGUUUGCUGCUGCGUCCAGGUCUGGUCCUGCUCGUGUCGCCUCCUGUCUCACGAGACUCUCUUGUGGCACCACCGUCUUGGCCACCCCUCCUUGCCUCGUCUUCGGGGCAUGGCUUCCCGUGUCCUUGUCUCUGGUCUCCCCCGGUCUCUCCCUCCCCUUCCUUCGGGGCCAGGACCUUCCUGUGUCCCCUGUGUCGAGGGGCGGCUCCGGGCUGCCCCCCACUCCUCCCAGUUUCCCCCGACAGAGGCUCUUGUGCUGA